AUGAAUGAUUGUAGCUCGUUACUUUCAAACUAUCUUGCUUCUCAUCACUCAUUGUCUUCGCACACAAUAUCCUUCGUUGCUCUUGAUUGCGAUUUCUUACAGGACUCUAGUGGGUCUUGUUUGAAGAGCGUGGGCGUGGACCUCGACGUGAGAAUCGCCUCGUACGAUCUUGAUUCUUCUUCUCCACAAGAAAAGGACUUGUCGCUUGUGUGGGCUCUGUGUGAGCACUUCGGAACCCGAGAAGGAGAUGAGAAAGAGAUAACGUCUUCUACUUCCUUCAGAAAGUUGCCUUCUUUGCCGAGCUUGGCAGAAGUUGAAGAGACAGACGAAGACGCCUAUGAAACAUCCUGCACUUCCACCCCAUCUUCUAUGAUGAUGAGCGACUUUGGGUUCAACAGCGACAACCGAUCUUCUGGUAGUAGCGACGAAUCUUCUUCACAGGAGAAAGUCAGGUUCAAGGUUCUGUCAGACUUCAUGAACCAGCCCACUAGUCAUACCAUCAUGGUGAAGAGAGAAGCGAUCCAAGUGGAGUACAAGUCAUCGACGCUGGGGAGAUACGGGGUGUACUACGACGCAGUAUGGAAGAACAGCAAGUGUUCCGUCCUGGUGCUUGACAUGAAGAUCAGCAAGGAAUUCAAACGAGAAGAAGCCAUCGGUCUCCUUGAAGACUUGGUCGAUCUUCGACAUCCUCAUAUCCAGAUGUAUCAUGGUCCUGUUGCCGUCCCUCUCAACGAGACCUCGGUCUGGGUGCUUGCAGAGCUCAGUACCAUGACGAUGGAGAUGAGGGUCAAGGCAAGGCCCAUCUCGAAGCGUUUGGUUCAUAGGUGGGCAUUGCAACUUUGCCGUGCUCUUUCUUUCCUUCAUUCGUCUUCUCCUGCUUUCUUCUUCGGCCGGCUGGAGCCUCAAGACCUGAUCCUGGACGACCACGACCAUGUCAAGGUUGCGGAUGUUGGCCUUAAGAUGGCGUUGAGAAAGAGGGGGAUGAUGAAGACGUACAAGCACAGACUUAACCUCAAUUGCAAUGAUUACUCUGCUCCUGAAGUGAUACGAGGAGAUAUGUUCGGCGCAGAAGCAGAUAUUUACAGGCAAGCGAUGGUGAUCUUUCUCUUCAUUCUGUGCAACAGAAAUAGGGGAAAGGCGCUUGCUCACCUCACAAAGUUCUUGUCAUGGAAAUGCGGAACCAAGGACCUUCUCAUGAGCUGCUGCUCACAGGUUGUAGAAGAAAGACCACCUCUGAAGGAGAUUAUGGAAAGACUGGAUGAGAUGAAGCAGAAUGAAGACAAGAAGGAAAACAAGCCUCCGUGCCAACUGCAAUAG